AAAAAGAACGUUAUAAUCUUCCACUUUUUCAGUUGGCUUGCCUUGCCGGAGGGCGCUCUCUGCCUUCUAGCUUCGGCAGCCUUCACCGCGGAGUACCUCCUCUUCUACUUCCACUCGACAGCCCACACAGGUCUCGAAGGCUAUUACCACCUCAUCCUCGUCAUCCUUAUCGGCCUCUGCAUCGCCUCCGGCAUCGUUGGCUCUCUCCUCCCUGAAAAUCUUGCCGUCGACUUCUCAAGCGGCGUCUGCAUCACUCUACAGGGCCUCUGGUUCUACCAAACCGCUUUCACUCUUUAUGGACCCAUGAUGCCGAGGGGAUGCCGACUAGACGACAAUGACAUCAAUUGCAUCACACGAGACAGUCAGGUUCGAGGACAGUUCCUGGCCAAUAUACAGCUUUUUUCCCUCGUUUUCCUGGUAUUUGUCUAUGUGAUAGGAUGCUACGCGGUUGCUGUAUCUCGGUAUGGACAUCCAGAGCUGAAGAGAUUACAUGAAGAAGAUGUGGGAGAAGGCGGCGAUAAUGGAGCAGGGAUGGUUGGGCGAUGAUGACCGACAAAAAGGUAACCUAUUUGUCGAUAUUUGCUUUUAUCACUCUUAUUUUAUUUCUUCAUUAAAUGAAAUCAAGGAUAUGUUCUUUGGAAA